UGAGGUGUUAGUGGAUUCAGUUUUCCUAUUUAUAUACAUUGUCGCAAUUAAAAUUAGUUUUAGAUGGAUUGAUUUUUAUUUAUGUGAUUUGGUACGUUACAAUGCAGAUUUUCGUAAAAACGCUAACGGGGAAAACUAUUACCCUUGAAGUUGAAGCGUCGGACACCAUCGAAAAUGUCAAGGCGAAGAUUCAGGAUAAGGAAGGUAUCCCACCCGACCAACAAAGGUUGAUCUUUGCAGGAAAGCAGCUGGAAGACGGCCGCACGUUAUCGGAUUAUAAUAUUCAGAAAGAAUCGACUCUUCACUUGGUUCUGCGUCUUCGUGGUGGUGUAAUUGAGCCAACACUUCGAAUCUUGGCUCAGAAGUACAACUGUGACAAGAUGAUCUGCCGUAAAUGUUAUGCUCGGCUUCAUCCAAGAGCUACAAACUGCCGUAAGAAGAAGUGUGGCCACACAAACAACAUUCGGCCCAAGAAGAAGCUGAAGUAGAGAGAGCAAUGUGAAUUGCCCGUAAUUCAAGCAGUGUACAUUGAUUAUUGGAUCAGGUAGCUGAAGUUUAACUCUGAUUUUGCCUUCAGAGUGAUGUAUACUCUUGGAUUUCAAUAAAACACAUUGUUGACUGGUUCUGUGA